AUGUACCGUGGGACUCAGUCACGUCUCCGGGACAUGCACUUCACUCAGUGGAGGCCGCAGCUCAGACACGCGUCUCUGAGUCUGGAGCGGACAGAACAUACAGGGGACGGACCGGACUCGACCGCUCGGGUGCUACCUGGGAGCCUGAGCCACCUCCGUUCAGACGUACACCCCGUGUGGCGCCUGCUGUCCUCCCAAGGCAGAGCCCCGGAGCGGGUGCUGGUGUCUCGCACUGACAGUUUGUCCGGAGAGCAGGUGCUAAAGAUCACGGUGACUGAGAGCACGGUGCUGGAGGCCGAUGCCGGAGUCUGGAGCAGCCGCUCGCUGGUCUACAUGGGACUUUGGUACUUCUUCAGCUUCUGCACACUCUUCCUCAACAAGCACAUCCUGUCCCUACUGGAGGGGGAGCCAAGUGUGUUAGGGGCCAUCCAGAUGCUGUCCACAACCGCGAUCGGCUCUGUGAAGAUGUGUGUGCCCUGCUGCCUGUACCAGCACCAGCCCCGCUCAGAAUACCCCCCCAACUUCCUCAUGAUCAUGCUGUUCGUGGGGCUCAUGAGGUUUGUGACCGUGGUCCUGGGGCUGGUCAGUCUGAAGAACGUAGCCGUGUCAUUCGCUGAGACGGUCAAAAGUUCCGCCCCCAUCUUCACAGUCAUCAUGUCUCGCCUCAUCCUGGGGGAGUACACCGGCCUCUGGGUGAACCUGUCCCUGUUACCUGUGAUGGUGGGGCUGGCCCUCUGUACCGCGACAGAGCUCAGCUUCAACAUGUUGGGCUUCUGUGCCGCCCUGUCCACUAAUAUCAUGGACUGUUUACAGAACGUGUUUUCCAAGAAGCUGCUCAGUGGAGACUCGUACAAUUUCAGCCCGGCGGAGCUACAAUUCUACACCAGUGCUGCUGCUGUCCUCAUGCUGGUCCCGGCCUGGGCCUUUCUCAUGGACGUCCCGGCUCAGGCACACAGCCUGAGUUUGAGUCAGGACCUGCUGCUCCUGCUGCUGUUCGACGGAGUGCUCUUCCACCUGCAGAGUGUGACAGCUUACGCCCUGAUGAGCCGCAUCUCCCCCGUCACCUUCAGUGUGGCAAGCACUGUGAAGCAUGCGCUCUCUGUGUGGCUCAGUGUCAUCGUGUUCAGUAACCAUGUGACCGUGCUGAGUGCUGCUGGCACUGCCCUGGUCUUCUGUGGGGUCUCUCUCUACACACUGGCCAGGCGGCUGGAGAGGGGGGCCAGGCAGCAGCAGGCCCAUCAUGGGGAGGGAAGCAAGGACCAGGACACCCCUUCACUCUGA